GCGUCGAGCGCCCCAAAAACGACACGGCUCUCGCAUCGCUGCGGUACGCGCGCCAAUUUUGUGCGCAUCGCUCCUAAGAAACGUCGUCGCCGCGGCUGCGCAAGCCAUCUGCUGGCCGUUGCGCUACACAAGCAAAAUGAGCUCACCCCUCUCCGAGUUCAGGACCAUCCUAAGGAUCCUGAACAAGUGGCCGUCGACGCGGCCGCGCGACUCAAUCUGGAAAACCUACCUGCGCGAGGAGUACCGGCGCAGCGCCGCCGACGCGGCAUCGUUAGAAGCGCUGCGGCGGCGCGCGCGCGACUACGCCAAUCUAUUAGACGGCGUCGAGGAGCAGAAGCGCCUGCGCGCGCUCGACACGGGCGCGGAAGUCAGCGAGGGCGUCAAGGAGGCGAUCCGGCGGUCGGCCGCGCGGUCGGGCCUCGUCGCGCCCGACGACGUCGACGCGCCGUUCGUCGACCUGAACAAGGAGCGGAACGGGUAAUAUUGUUGUGUGUCGUG